GAGUGCAGUAAAAGCACGAUAAGGGUCCGCUCCCCUACUGUCUAUGUCCGCUCCACGGAAAUAAUUAUUCUUUAAGAUUGUAUUGUAAAUUGAGCACAUACUCCGACCUGAAAAUGCUUAACACUUUGAAAAACUUGAAGCAGACGUUUGCGGGUUUUGCACCGGAUUUAGAGUUAACAUUUGGGAUAGUAUUUGUGAUUGUGCUGUCAUGUGUUUUUAGCUUCAUACCAUAUUAUUAUGAUCUCUCGGAGCACUUUUUCAGUCUGGAGUCCAGUGCUGUCAUCAGCGGCCAUGUCUACAAACUAUUCACCUAUUUCCUAUACCACAAGAAUAUGAUCCAUUUUUUCCUGGGUGCCAUCCUGAUGGUGUUUCCCUGCAGUGGGCUGGAAAGAGGAAUUGGCACUGUCAGAUUCCUGUACCGGUCACUGCUGUUGUCGUCCAUCUGUGGACUCUUACAUGUGUUGCUGGAGCCACUGCUGUUCUCCUCGUCCAGUAGGAGCUCAGUGAAUGGGUUCACCCCAUUAGCUCUCUCUGUCCUGGGAAUGAUAACCAUCAGUUCCUCCAUGAAGAAGGCAUAUAUUAUGGGCAUCAGUGUGCCUACUGCAUCUCUACCCUGGAUUAUUCUAAUAAUUAUAACUCUGUUCUUUCCAAACACUGUCUUUAUGUGUAACGUCCUGGCCAUCAUCACCGGAAUUUUAUAUGGACUGGGAUGGUUUUCAUUGUUGGAGAUGUCAGAAUCUAGAGCUUCCGUCUUGGAUAAGAAGUUCCCUUUUCGCUUGUUAAAGCAGAUUCCUGGUGUCCAGUUCAUCCCUGCAUCGGCCGAAGAACGCAAAAAGCCACUUGACUUCACAGACGUUCCACCAGGGUCAUACCCAGUCCAGGCGUACGCCCCAGUAAACGGUCCAGCUGCAGGAAGCCUGCCCAACACAUUCGAUGGUUGGCCCGUCUCACUGUACCCUCAACAGCAGUUCACAUCGCCUUCCCCUCACACUGGAGUCGGCACUGGUCACAAUCACGGACAUAGUCAUGGGCAUCACCACGGGCACAGCCAUCACACCGGCGGCCCGUGGAUGCCCGUGUCCCCAUAUGCUCAGCAUCAGUUCAGGCCUCCGUUUAAUUUAGCAGAGCAGUGUUUGAGUGAACUACCUCAGCCAGGAGUGCCGUUUACACCUCAGGUCUCGCAGUCUGAGGCUGGAGUGCCUGGAUUUCCCACAAAUCCUCUUGGAACUUCUGUCUCUUUCUCAUCCUAAGAUUUGGAUGCCUUAGCUGCAGUUUGUUUUCUUCUUUAGAUACCUCAUAUCUUGUUCCCAGAACUCUUGAUGCCUCCAUCUUUAAUACCUGGGUGAUGUUUAACUUGUUCUUUAUUUUAUACAGUUGCUGUUUUGAUACAGAACAUUUCUUUCUUUUUGUACUUUAAAGAAUUAAAUGAGUGAAACCUUUGUAUGUA